GCUCGGUACGCGCACAAGCACUUGUGGCACGCGUCGUGGUGGAGCAUGUCGAGCAAGUAUCGCAGAGAGUGGAACAAGCCGAUCUGGCUCUUACACGAGUCUCAUCACCUCCCGCGCGAGGGUGCGUACGAGGCGAACGACGUCUUCGCGCUCGUCAACGGCGUCCCGGCGUUCGCGCUGUGCGCGUUCGGCUUCUUCACCCCGGGCGUGUUCGGUGGCUUGUGCUUCGGCGCUGGUUUGGGAAUCACGCUGUACGGUAUCGCGUACAUGUACGUCCACGACGGCUUGGUGCACAAGCGCUUUCCCACCGGCCCGCUCGGCAAGCUUCCUUUGCUGCGAAAAAUCGCCGCCGGGCACACGAUUCACCACACCGAGGCGUUCGAGGGCGUUCCUUGGGGACUUUUUCUCGGUAUUCAAGAGCUCGAAGCCGUUCCGGGCGGCUUGGAUGAACUCAACAAA